UCAUCAAUGAUGACAUUUUAAAGGUCUUCGAACACAACAUUAGUGGUGAUAUUGUGCUCAUACCGCGCGACAAAUGGACGCUGAAAGAAGACGCCGUGCCUCGCCUGUUUCCGAAUUGCCCAAGUUAUCUCUCGAAACCCACACGGAAACGCAAAGCACCAGCUCACAGACGAUCACCAGCAAAACAAAAACGGCAGGAGAAACAAAGUGAGUGUGUGGAUGUUGCUGUCAGAGUUGCCGACGACGAAGCGAGCUUGUCUACCGAUGACAGCAUGCCGGUGGAGAAUGUGUUUCACGUGCUCAGUCACAUGGCGAAAGAGGGACGAAAAAUUCGAGGUUGGUCCCUUGACAUUGCUGAUGCAACAGUCGUUUUGUACAAGCUCGGGAUAAGAAAGAAUAUCCCGCUUGUAGAAAUGUCUGUAGUGUUGUCAGACAGCCUUAAUUUAAUUGUCAGCGCAGAUGGUCGAGUUGUGCCACGCAGUGUGUACGCCGGGAAGCAGACCACUGAGUUCAGUGUACAGAAGACUUCACAUGCCUCUUGCUAUAUGUGGAACAGCUGAAGCUGUGCAAGGGCUGUCCUGCAAAGAAGUACCCCAAAAUCUCUUUGUCAGUGGUGGCAUCAAACUAUGGUGAAACGUGGAGGCGCAACACAUGCACGGUAUUGAGUGUUAAUGUGCUCAGUGCCGGACUCUCGAGAAGUUUUUCUGGCAGCGGACGAAGUAGCAAAAAAAUAGCAAGAAAAAGCAGGCUGCUCGCUUGAAGUUGCUGCAUUGCUGUGAUGGAAACGACAACUAACUUGCCAGUGUUUCCGUUAGGCCCAGGAUCCUUUAAUAAGGACACGGCAGACAGGAGCUUGCUACACGAAACACAAGACUUUAACAAACACGCUAGCAUGAUACAGACGAUUUACAUGUACGUGGACUAGAGUUCGCGAAUCGUUUGUCCUAUAUAAACAUGUGCCUAGCCCUCAUGCGUCACCACUCGCCCGUGUGCAUCGUCGUUGCAGUGCCCGUGACAGUGGUUGUGACGGUGGAGCGACGUUGUGGCUUCGUCGCUGCUGUCGCGCCGCUCCUUGUCGCGACGUGGAAGCAGGAGAAAAACAGCAGGCCGGUAGAACACCAGGCCACUGCUGUAGCUGGCCAGUAACGCCUGGCCUGUAACGCCUCGGCCGCUAUAACGUCGGGCUCGAUCAGCGGACAGGUAGUUCAGGCGCCCCAGUGGCCAGCAGGAAGCACUGCACCAGGCCACUAUGACAGCAGGCCGCUGGUGCACAGGAGAGUAGAGCCACGAGCGGGAUCUACGACCAGGUCCGCACGGUAGCUGGACACCCGGUCGCCGGUACCCGAGCCUUGAACCGCCGUUCUGCGAGCUGACGUUCGAGGCUACCGCUCGCUCUCACGCUCUGCGCGCUCUCGUGUCACUUCUUCGUUCCGUGGCACAUGGCCGUCUUCUUUGCUAUCACCAUCACCAAUUCUCUAGGUGCCACAACACAAUCAUCACUCCAAGCUGGUCUUCUCACCACCGCACGCCACUAUCCACAUCAUCACAGUCGCAAAGCCAUUCGUGCAACCUCAAGGCGAGAAAAACUGAAGUCGUUCUAGUGAAGAGGAAGCUUAGUGCAAUUACGGAAGAGACAAUUGACAGCUCUCUUCAUAUUCUUUCAAGACAGCUUUCAUGGCUGCAAAAGCCAAGUAAAAAAAAUGGGAGGUGAUAUGAUGAUGAAUGGCUUAUGGCAUGUUUGUUACUGCAAAUCUCAAGCCCAAAGCCAUAGACUUUACUUGCUGAUAUGCAGCUGCUACCACUGCCAUCAAAGGCUCUCCUUUUCCAAAUAAUAGCAGGAAUACCAUGCAAGUAUAGAUUCAACCAAGUUGCAUUGAACAGUGUCAGAAGCCACUUCAGCAACAAAAGUCACGUAAAACGGCCAGGAGUAUUGCUCCUUGACGAGAUAAAGUUGACGCGAGGAGUCUCCUUCAAUAAGGCCUCAUGCAGAAUGGAUGGCUUUAUCGACUAUGGUGAAGUCAUGGCACCAGAUGCAAAUCAUCUUGCUGAUCAUGCAUUGGUACUGAUGUUUGUGCCACUGUUCGAGGGCUGGGUGCAGCCAAUAGCAAGCUUUGCUACAAAAGGAGCAGCUCCUGGAAAAGUUCUUGCAGAACUGGUAAUGAGCGGCAUCCUGUAAUUGCACAAGAACAAUGCGUCAGUUCUGGCUCUGAUCAGUGAUGGGGCUGGCAACACCAGAUCUAUGUGGAGCCAGCUUGGAGUGUCGGGAAAAAUGGAUGCGACAUGCCACUUCAUUGAGCAUCCCUGGGAACCGUCACAAAAUAUCUACUUCAUUUGUGAUGUUCCACAUAUUGUGAAGUGCAUAUGACACCAAUAAAAGAGCCUAUUGAGGAACCUGAUGAAGCACACAUACGAAAUGGUAAGGAAAAAAUGAUUGAGACUAGGCUGUUAGCAAUUACUUCUGGUCCUUCAAGCUCUCUUGAGCGAAUGGACGUCGAACACAGCUAUUUCAGAGGCGGUGUAGACGAUGCUGUGAUAUACUACUUUUGUGGAUAUGUCAUACACAUAAUGAGCAAGCACACAGAGUGUGAGUUGUGCCUGCAUGACAUCAGCUCAACUGUUCCGCUCGUUGGUUCCAAUGCAUACUUGACAACAUAUCGGAGCUUUAAGGAAGGAUAGCCUCAAGCAUCCAAAAAUCAAGAUGCUACAGUUUGUAAGAAUUGCAAAUGACUCAUAUCAUUUUCCCUUGGUCAGGCAGGUCUUUGCAGUGACCUAGUUUGGAAAGUCCUGGAUUGGCUAGAUAAGUGCAGUCUUGCGCGGCUGGGUUGCGAUGAGCACAUGUGCGUGCUCGCGUGCCAGGUACUGAACUGGCAUCAUUAAAAACGUCGAAGGUGGUCUAAAGAAGGUUUCUGUCCCGCAGAAGUACAAGUACGGCAUCGCCACUACGGCAGUGUCAGCAAUUUGGAAAAACAGGGAUAAGGUGCAACAGCAACUGCGAUUCUGGAUCACUAGCAAGGAAGCAGAUAUGUUCAUCAAAGUACCGUAAAAAUCGGAAUAUAGGUCGAACUUUUUUUCAAAAAACCGUUGCGAAAAGUCGACCCUCGUCUUAUAUACCAGACAUUGGCGGAAAAACUACGGAAGUCUUGCAACAAUGGGCAGAUGAAGUAAACAGCCGCCUUCGCCAUUGCAUUCAGGCUGCUUUUUCACAUUUUGUUUCAAAACGAGCGGAAGCCGACGGCAAUUCACGGUCGCCUUCAAGAAAAAGGCGAUUGAGUACUCGGAAGCCCACGGCAACCCGCCAGGCUGCCGUGGGCUUCGUAUUGUGCAACAAUCGACCUGCGUGUUUGUCAGCACCUUAACAUCACGGCACGGAGCAGCAUUUAAAUAAGUAGUCACCAUUGUGCAAUCGGCUGAGUCGCAUUUGUUUAAAGGCAAGGGUGUACUUCGGUACUUUUGCCAUUGAAAAAGAUUUUUUUUCAUUUUUAGAAUUGGUUAGUUGGGGGGUCGACCUAUAUUCCGGUUUGACCUAUAGUCCGGUUUUUACGGUAUGAAGAUGUCGACGCCGCUUUGUUCAAGUGGUUCUGUGAGGUGCGAGCCCAGAAUAUGCCCGUGAGUGGUCCGAUUCUGCAAGCAAAGGCCAGGUCAUUUGCCAACUUGUUGGGCCACGAUAGUUUCAACCCAUUAAAUGGGUGGAUUCAGCGGUUUAAGCUGCCGUGUUAUUUCCGAGGAGAGCGCGCAAGUUGACGAUUCUGCUGUUCAGGCCUGGCUUAAUAUAAACAUUGAGACCAUUCUGGCAAAGUACUACGCCGAGCGGGACAUUUAUAAUGUGGAUGAGGCUGGCGUGUUUUAUAAUUUACUCCCAAACCGCACACUCGCACUGUCCCACGAACGCUGCUCCGGUAGAAAGGCUUCGAAGGAGUGGUUUACCAUUCUCUUCUGCGCCAAUAUGGAUAGCAGCGACAAGAGGCGCUUAUUUGUGAUUGGAAGGUCGGCGCGGCCACGCUGUUUCAAAAAAAGAAAGUGCUGGCCGAUUACAUAUAAGGCCAACAGAAAGUCAUGGAUGACUCGGGAGCUAUUUGCAACUUCGCUUCAAAAAUUUGAUGAAGACAUGGUGUCAGAUAAACGACAAGUUGUCCUAGCUCUUGACAACUGCAGUGCCCAUCAUGUUAACUUAAAGCUCAGUGCAGUGAGCCUCAAGUUCUUGCCCGCAAAUAUGACAGCCAAGAGCCAGCCGAUGGAUCAAGGCGUAAUCGCCGUAGUGAAAGCGCAUUAUAAAAGGCGCAUCUGCGAAAGAGUGCUGAAUAACCUUCAGCGAGAUGAAGCGGUGAAGGUAAACCUGCGCAGUGCCAUCAACACGAUCAUGGCAUCUUGGUGGCAGAUAAAAGUGUCAACCAUUGCCAAGUGUUUCGCAAAGGCGGGGUUUGCGUGCAACGCCAUGGUCAGCGAUCCUGAUGUGAGGAACGACGAUAGCCACCGCGGCGACGAUGUCGACGAAGUCCUCAACGCGGAUGAUGUGUGGUCGGACCUGGUGAAAAACAACAUUGUUGGACAGGAUGACACAUUCGAAGGCUUCGUAAAAGAGGAUUGCGAUAACUUUGUCUGCGAAGAAGCAGACACAGACGAAGCAAUUGUAGCAGCAGUGCGUCAUCGCGAUCAUAAUGUAUCAGACAAUGACUACGACGAAGGAGACAGCACACCGGAACUUUCGCACAGCGAUGUACUGGAUUACAUCAGCAAGCUCGGGAUGUACUGCGUGCAGAAGGGCUUGAGCGAGAAAGCUUUCCAGCGUCUGAUUGCUGUUGAAGAUGAGAUAGUGCAUAAUGCGGUGAAGGCUCAGCGCCAGACGAAGAUAACGGCAUUUUUUCAUUGAUGAAGGAAAACCUUUUUGUUUAGUGUCCAACUCUGGUGCUUUAUUGCGCGUUAAGUUGUAAAAGACAUAAUAAAAGGUGGGUUGACCAUAUUUGCAUGUGAAUAAGAGUUAAAAAAUGGCGUAUUUGAUAUAGUGCGGUACCACUUAUAAUGCGGAUUUUUCCUGACUGCCGUGACCUACAUUAUAAGCGGUUUAUGCUGUACAUCUCAAGGUAAGAAACAUGUAUUUUUAUCUACGAUGGUAUAGAGAACCAGCGCUGGCCAGGUGGCGCGUCUAAAACUGACACGAGGUGCUGCCAAACGAGUUGGCUGAAAAACCCGUAGUAGGACAGGGCUAUUAGGCCACAUUGGAACAUAGCAGAGCGUCCUGCGGCGUGACAGCGGUUGGCUUUGCUUUUGCGCCGUGUGUAUAUUUUCUGAGAAAUUUACAGCACAGAACACUGAGCUCACGAGCAGUGUCGAAGGCAACAGGUUGGGAGCUGCACUCGGGUGCAGACUGGCGUUGCGAACGACUUGCGAUGCCACCGGUUAUCUUGCAAUACGGCUUCAGCUGUAUUGUGUUUGCGGAUGGGCACUUUUGCGACAGUGUGCUGUCGAAAGGACGCAAACUCUGCACGGCAAACUAUGUUUACGGUGUGGAGGAAACUGUGUAUGGUGGCAAUUUGGAUUCCGAGAUUGCAGCGAAGUGCCAUUCACAAGUCAAACAAGCAUCGUACGACGUGAAAGUACAGCUGACAGCGAAGCGCGAGUUGUCCGGAUAAACCUGCACAUGCAAGGCCGGCGUACGUGGAAAUUGCAAACUUGCCGACUCACCGUCUUCAACAGAUGGAUUACAAGCUUGGGGUUGGCCGUCGUCUAAACCUGACACGUCAAUAAAGGAGCCCAUUGAGGAACUUUUUGGAGGUAAGCAUAACAGGUAGCCGUGCCGUGUGUUGAUGCGAUACAGUGUGUGAAAAGAGGUGUAAUGCUUUGCCCACGCAAUUUUUUUCAUCAGUUCCUUCUUGUUAACCUGUCUAGAACUGUGCACAUGGCAGUGUGUUGAAAUUAAAUGUGCAGUGUUCAGCAUGAUUUUACAAACCUAAGCUGUUACGCGACUGCUAAGUAAAGUUUUGUUAUGUUUUACAGAGUACCAACCAACGUACAUUGGCAGAAAGCAACCCAGAGAAGAACCCCCAGACUAUGUUCUGGAUCAUUUCCCAGAUAUUAAUUGUGUGAUGCAUACAGCACUAAGGAGUCAACAGACAGGAGAAACUGAACACACUGUUCGUAAAUGCUAGCUGACAUAAUGUCAAAGGUUUCACUGAAUGCGGACCUGUGCUCUGUAAAGGAAGUACAGUCGAACCUCGUUAAUACGUACCCACUUAAUGUGUAAUUGCGGUUUAAACGUAGUCGCGAAGAUUCCCUCACCCAGUCCCCAUUGAACCCCAUGUAAUGGCUGACCGCUUAAGCUGUAGUCGCUCAUGCCCACCAAACGGUUAGUGUGUACUAUUUUUCUUUCAUGUUCUAAACGCACAGGCACAAACUCGGCAAAAUCACAUGUGCGCAGACAUUCGAUUCUCGAGUUGCGACGCCCGGACGACAGUCGCCAGCGAUAGUGAACUUAAAACAUGGCCACCAUGACGUAUUUCCUGCUCAUACAGCUGUUGCCGAUUGUCGCGCACAAAAGCAUGGCCUUCGAGAUUAGCUCCUAGUAAUGUGGAGAAGCUGCCGGAGGUUAGAAGAUAAUCUGUUCUCAUUGCCGCAAUGUAUUGAAAUAGCAGAAAAGGAACACAGGCCCCUAUGGCUCGCAUUUCUGGAUAUCAAGGGAGCCUAUGACAGUGUAAUCCAAAAGGAUUUAUGAGACAUAUUGGGCACUCCAGAUGUGGAAGGUGGAGUAAGUAAUCUUUUAAAAGAUAUCUAUAAAAGUAACAAGGUGCUUAUAAAAUGGGAAAAAAGGUAUCUGAGCCUAUAGAGAUACAGCAGGGGCUUAGGUAGGGGUGCCCUCUGUCACCUUUUUUGUUCAUGCUGUAUUUACAAGGAUUGGAGAAAAAAAUUAGAAACGAGUGGACUUGGCUUUAACCUUUCCUUUUUCAAGCAAGGAGAAUGGAUUAAACAGUCAUUACCAGGACUGAUGUAUGCGGAUGACGUACUUAUGGCUGACACCAAGGAAGACUUGCAGGGAUUAAUGGACAUCUGUGGUAAAGAGGGAGAUAGCUUAGGUUUGAAGUUUAGUAAAGAAAAAUCAGCAGUCAUGAUUUUUAAUGAUAAUCAGGGCAGCGAGCAUAGGAUACAGGAGGUUACGCUGGAGGUAGUGGAUAAGUACAAAUAUCUUGGAGUGUGGAUAAACAAUGGGGCUGAGUACCUAAC